ACAUUUAUUUUAAUGAUAAUAUAUUCUUUAUAAAUCCGUUACUUAAGGAGUGAGGAGUGAGGAGUGAGGGCCAUCCAUGAUUUAACGCAAAAAUGCUUUUCAGCAAUUACAAUCUGUAAAGACGACAAAAAAGACAGAAAACAAACAUUACAUUUUGACCUAUCCGCUGUUCUGUUUCCCUUCAUUGUCCAGAUUUUGUAAACUCAAUAGACUUUUUAAAAUUGCUGAUAAGAGCUAGGCGUAGGUAGGACUUGUGAAAAUCCACAAUGGGUAUUCGUUACUGCUUCUGGGUUUUAGUGUUUCUCAUUCAUAAUGUCUUUACUCUUGGAGAAGGACAUGAUAGUGUUAAGGUGUCAAUGUCAUGUAACCCAGAUGACCUCGAAGCUUUAACCAGUUUCAAAUCUGGGAUUUCUUAUGAUUCUUCUGGUCGUUUGAUGAAGUGGGUCGAUAGUCUCAGUUGCUGCAAAUGGGAAGGAGUAGAAUGUGAUAAUGUCACUGGGAGUGGAAGAGUCACAGUGCUUCGUCUCCCGGGCUUCAUUUCAACCGAUGAGACUGUUUUUCAGUCUCAGAUGAAUGGUAUCUUAUCUCCUUCGAUAACACUUUUGUCUUCUCUUCAAGUUCUUGAUCUCAGUGGCCUCAUUGGGCUUUCUGGGUCAAUCCCACCUUCCAUUGGUCUUCAUCUUCAGAAUCUAACAGAGCUGUAUCUUCAUGGCAACAAUCUCACUGGUCAAGUUCCAGAAAGCAUUGGUAUGUUAUCUAAACUCGAACAAAUAACUCUCCAUGAGAAUAGGCUUUCAGGGCCACUUCCUUCCAGCCUGGGAAGCCUCAUAAAUCUCAAGAGUUUAUAUCUCAACGCAAACAAAUUCUCAGCAGUGAUUCCAGAUGGGAUUUCGAAUUUGACCCGUUUGGAAUAUUUACAUCUUGAAGACAACUCUCUAACUGGAAAUAUACCAGAGAGGAUUGGAAAUUUGCAGGCUUUGAAAGAGCUUGAUUUAUCAUCAAAUCUCUUGUCUGGGAAAAUCCCAUUAUCAGUAGCUGAUUUGAGCUCCAUUUCGGUUAUGUACCUAAAUGACAACUCUCUCGAGGGUUCGAUUCCUUUCCCAUCAAACCAAAACCAAAUGCAAUCACUAGGCUUUCUCAGACUUCAACUAAAUCGUCUCAGUGGGAAAAUCCCAGCCACGUUUGGAAGUCUGGUGUCUCUACAGAGAGUUUCUUUAAGUUAUAACAAUCUUGAAGGUGAGAUUCCUUCUAGUUUGGGUAAUCUGUCGUCUUUGUCAGAGCUUUAUCUCAGUGGGAAUCGAUUCACGGGUCAAAUUCCUGAAUCAUUCGGUCAGCUUUCUCAACUCAAUUUAUUGGAUGUGUCACAUAAUUUGAUUGAAGGGCCAUUGCCACUUCAAAUGUCUUCCCUCCAAAAUGUUGAAACUCUUGCUUUGUCAUUCAAUUCUCUGAACCUCAACUCUAUACCGAAUUGGCUUACUCAGCUUUCUUCACUCUCUCGGAUUUACUUGGCGGGCUGUAGAAUUGAAGGAGAACUACAAGAGUUGUUGAAGAAAAUUCCAAACCAAAUUCAAGAACUGGACUUAUCAAGUAACAACAUCACUGGCUCAAUACCAACCUGGCUUGACAACCAUUCUACUAGGCUCUAUUUACUGAACCUUUCCAGAAACUCACUCGAAUCGAAAAUCCCAGAUUCCAUAUCGAAUUUGAAGGCACUAGGUGUUCUUGAUCUUCAUUCAAACAAUCUCACUGGAUCAUUCAGCCAAGUUCUUGACAUGGGUUUUUUAACAUUCCUAGACCUUUCUGAUAACAGUUUCACAAGUGGAAUAGAGGAAAUUGAGCAUAGUAGUGGAGGAGAAGAAAAGGAGUCACCUGUGAUUCAGUUGCUAAACUUGUCAAAUAACCUUUUGAAAGGUGAAUUGACACCAACCAUUGGGAGAUUCAAGUCGUUGAAGAUUUUGGAUUUGAGCUCAAACGAGCUGAGUUCAGAGUUGCCAGAAGCUUUGUCAAAUCUAAGAUCAUUGGAGACACUGAAACUUCAGAAGAACAAGUUCAGUGGAGAAAUUCCUGAUGAGUAUUUGAAGUUGAGAGAGUUGAAAGAGUUAGAUUUAUCAAAUAAUCUUCUGGUUGGGGAAAUUCCUGAUGGAAAACCACUCAGUAACUUUCCUCCAAGUACUUACUCUGGUAACAAAGGCUUAUGUGGGAAACCUCUCAUGCCAUGUAAAUGAAACCUUGUACUACAUUAGCUAUUAGCUAUGUUAAAAAUAAAAAUAUAUAAUUAUAUCUCA